CCGCACUCCCCAUUCCCGCCCCGCCCUGUUAUUUUUUCCCGCAAGAGCUAAUGUGGAAAAAUUUUAUAUUUACGGAUUUAUAUGUGUUACUUUCAUUGUUUUUCGGUUUUCGUCAGUUUUUACAAUGGAUAAGUGUGGAAUAUGCCUAAAACCUGCAGUUCAGCUGUUUGAAACGGGCAAGGAUGGUGUGUAUGCAUGCUUCAAAUGUCAGCCAUUGGUGCCAGAGGUGUCCAUUGGGGAGAACAGCUGUGACCAGCCAGAGCGCACUCCUCCAACAGUGAAGAGGAGAGUGGUGAGCCCUCAUUGUACUGUGGUGUAUGCCACAAAUCAUUCCAGAAAAAUGUUCAGCUGCAGAACCACUUGCGGAAUCACCGUGCCGAGCGACGCUUUGUCUGCACCUACUGCAAUAAAGCAUUUUCUCAAUCUAACAACUUGAGAGCUCAUCUCCGCAUUCACACCAAUGAGAGGCCAUUCAAGUGCUCCGAAUGUGGAAAAGCUUUUACACAGGUAAAGACAUUUAUGUUUUAUUGGAUUGCUUUAUAAUAGCUGUAUGAGUUUUG